AUGACAUUGUCACAAUCACAACUACGAUUUAUAUCUAGCAUUGGUGUAGGAGUAUUGGUAGGGACGUCGCUUAUAGUCAUUAUUCCCGAAGGAAUCGAAGCGGCCGCGUCAUCCCCCAUCACUUCAUCACAUGCGCACAAGGUACGAAGCCUGUCGCGACGAAGCCCGUGGAAAUUUGGACUCGAAGAAGGAGAAAUCAUCGAACAAGUCGCUGCAGUCACGGCGAGGCGCCCGGUGAACAGGUAUGAUGGCGCAACGUUGCACUCAGAGCCGAUGCGCAUCAUUGUUUCUCAAAGUAUACCGACCCCCGACCAAAAACGAGAUGACCAACUCUCCAAACCAGCGCCGACCGAUAACAGCCACGACUCGCUGAAGAAGGAGGGCGAGAAACACAAAGAGGAAGAGCAUGUAGAAAUCCCGGCUUUUGAGGUCGGGUUUUCCAUGAUCCUCGGCUUCAUUCUCAUGUUCCUCAUCGACCGGCUGCCAAAACAUGCGUCUGAUAGUCUACAGUCGGGUCCGCAACCGCAGCAUUUUAGCUUGGAUAACUUGGGUGGCAACGGCAUUGAAACCACGUCGGUAGAUGAAGAGCAAGGCUUCCUGGGUUCGCUGGCCCCAACACCGAAGCAUACCAGGACCUUGGCUACGACAAUUGGUUUGGUUAUUCAUGCUGCUGCGGACGGCAUCGCCAUGGGUGCCUCAUCGGCAAGCUCCAAUGUGAAGCUUGGAUUCAUAAUUUUCAUUGCCAUUAUGAUUCACAAGGCUCCUGCAGCUUUUGGCUUAACCUCGGUCCUUCUAAGGCAAGGAUUGUCGAAACGGGCAGCUCGCGGCCACCUGGUCGUUUUCAGUCUAGCAGCGCCGGUUGGAGCCUUGUCUACGUGGCUCAUGAUCAAGUUGCUUGGUGGUGAUCACCUUGACGGUGAUGCCGGCAUGUGGUGGACGGGAAUGUUGUUGCUCUUCUCGGGCGGGACAUUCUUGUAA